AUGUCCGCCACGGCCCCCUCAGUCUACCCAAUCCGACGCAGGCCUCGUGUAUGCAAGACAUGUCUCCCCUGCCGAGCUAGUAAAGUGCGCUGCGAUCGCAACCUGCCGUGCGGGAACUGCGCAAAGCGCAACUUCACCUGUUCAUACAGCCAGGCGCCACUGUCGACUGGCGCGACAAUACAUAAUCCACCACAACAACCGUCUACAUUAUCCCCGUCGCAGCAGCAGCAUAUCUUGCAGAGAGAUAUACAUCCGAGGAACGCGUAUCCUAGUGUGACCGUUACGCCGUCGGAUUCGUCGAUCCCAUCUGUCCGGUUUACGCCAGAUCAGGGUCGGUAUCAAUACGCUGCUGAGAACCAUGAGGCUGGGGCUGAUGGUGAUGGUUUUGUGGGGGAUGAUGAAGGCGAUGACGAGGAUGAGGACGAGUCGUCGGAUACCGUGAAUAUCUCGCAGGCGGAGUGGGAGGAUAUACAUACCAAGAUGGGCGCGAUGGAGCAAAUUCUGAACAGUCUGCACUCGCUAUUUCAGUCGCAUUCAGGGCGUCGUCGCAAAGGUCCUGAUCCUCCACCACCACCCUCGUCCUCGUCCUCUUCUUUUACAUCAUCGUUUGAAGAAUCGCCACCGGCAGAGACAGAGGCAGAUAGAGAAAGACGCCACUCCCCGCAAGUUGGAAAUAUCUUUCGACCAAGCCCGCUGCUGAAAAAGGGUACUAUACAUAUUGGUUCGCGAUCUGCGUUGGUGGAUAUCUUCAAUAAGUCGAGGACAUCCGAUGACACUGCCCGGGCUUUGCCCAAGGAUGAUCUGCUUGCGGAGUUGGCGCUGGGGAAUCAGUCCGUCGCUUAUCCGUUUGUCGAUCUUUGGUCGUCGGACCCGUUUACGUUUAAUAUUGUUGCAGUAUGUGAUGUGUUACCGGAGGAUGUGCAAUGCCAUAGAUUUUUCGAUUACUACAGAAACAUCGGCGCCGUUUUAUACCCCGUUCUUUCAGAUAUCACCCAAGUUGAGCAGAAUGUACAGCAACUAUUACGGAAUCGCGCAGCAUCUGGCGGAGGAUACCAUCCAGAUGAUAAUGGCCUGGUGAAGCCGUUUGGUAUGAGCUUGGGCUUUUUGAGUCUGCUCUUUGCCAUUCUUGCUUCUGGUUGCCAAUUGUCUGAUCUGUCUGCCAGUGAGCGGGAGUUGACCUCGUGGGUCUAUGUAUCCUGUUCAUAUCAGUGUCUGCGGAUGAUGAAUUAUGUCGCGCAACCCACUGUAGAGGUUAUACAGAUCUUGUUGAUUAUUAGCAAUGUUUUGUCGUAUAAUAUGAAUGCCGGCGCCUCGUAUACCCUACUUGGAAUGACGGAGCGGAUGUGCAUGGUCCUCGGUCUUCAUGUAGAAACGCCAGGGUUUUCGCGAUUUGAGCAAGCGGUUCGCAGGAGAGUAUGGUGGACAAUGGCCUUCCAAAACAGCCAUUUCUCGCUAGCUUAUGACAGACCGUCCAUCACCAUGGUCAGUCAGCCGGAGAUACCAUAUGACCGUAAAUCGAUGCCCGGACAUCGAUCGUAUUUUGAGUCACUCUGCCGGGUAGUAUCACUAGCACUCGAGGUCCUUCGAGGACGACUAGACCCGGAACAUUCCCACAUUCGAUAUCACGAUAUUCGCGAAUAUAAGCAGCGCAUGCAUCGCAUUCUGGCAGAAGCUGCCCCACACUUGCGAUUCGCAGACCGUUGCGUCACGAUAGCUGACAACAUUGAGCGGACGGAGUUGCGGUUGCAUUCGUGUUACCUGAUCUCCGUGCUAUGUCGGGUUUCGCUAGAUCCGGACUCGCAUCUAGAUGGCCAUCGCCGCGCUCUAGUCCGUGAGGACUGUAUAGCGAAUCUCAUCGGCACCAUCGAAGCAUUCGUCGAGCUGCACUCAAUCAGUCACCACUGUUCACGGUCCUGGAUCAGCGUGCAGCGCACAAUCGCAUGCGCAUUCCUCCUAGUCGCACAUGACGGCCAAUCAAACCCCCGCACAGGCCUCCUAGUUCAAAAACUCCAAGACGUCCUCGCAGACCACGUAUACGCCGACGGCGCAGCAGCCCACAACAGCCGCACCGACUCAGCCAAGCAUCUGGCAAGUUCCCUCCGUGCUCUCCGUGAAAUCAACGCAGCAUUCCAGGCGAGACAGAUGCGCACGCCGCCGGAUAGUGGUGUCGUGUCCAAGUCUGAUACACCGAAUAUAACCGUGACGCUGCCGGCAGCUUCGGGGUCGAUGAUGAUUAACCCGAGUAUGGCAGCACCUGUGAUGCCGGGGUACGGCCAGGGCCAGAGUUAUGUUCCCAUGGAGUACGAGUAUCCGGAUAUGCGCAACAUUCUUGAUCAGGUUUCGGAUGUUAUGUUGUUUCCGAGCAUGGCGGAGUGA